UAGAGCAUCAAAGAUGGCGGCGCCCGUAAUGGAAACAUGCCAUGUAGCUUGCUCUGCCAACAGGACUCCAAAUGUGGUUUCUUGGAGUCGUGGAGGGAUCAUUGCUUUUGGGACGUGUAACUCCGUGGCUCUUUACGAACCUCAGGAGAGGAGAGUUGUUGAUGUACUGAAUGGACACACAGGCAGAGUGAAUACAGUCCAGUGGGUUCACAGAGAGGACUGUGCUCCAGAGCGCCAUCUCGUCUCAGGAGCCUCAGACAAUCAGAUCAUCAUCUGGGAGGCCCAGGAUGAGAAGUUCUGUCAGUCAGUGCAGUGUAAGGGCCACACUGGUCCAGUCUGUGCUGUGGAUGCUAUUUAUGAAGAGGACACAAAGAUCCUGGUGGCCUCUGCAGCAUCAGACUCUACAGUCAGGCUGUGGCUCUGCAAUGACACCAAGGAAGCCAAGUGCCUCCAUACCUUGUCAUUUGGGAGCCGUUUCAUGAUGGAUGUCUCUCUGGCUCUGUUGCCAGGCAGCAGAGUUCCCAUACUGGCCUGUGGGGGGGACGACUCCCGAAUUCAUCUGUAUGUGCAGUCCAGUGGAGAGAUGCAGAAAGCAAUGUCACUGCAAGGGCACGAGGACUGGGUACGCAGUGUGGCAUGGGCAUCUUUAGGUGGCGAGCUGUUAUUAGCCAGCUGUUCACAGGACUGUCUCAUCCGAGUAUGGAGGCUGUGCGCCAAGUCUGGGACGGACGCCCACGCAGAGGGCGAUCACGGCAUCAUCAAAAUGAAAGAGGACGUUUUUGAAGUGAAGGAGAGAGAUGUGUCCUCGGUGUUUGCUGUCUCUCUUGAGACAGUUUUGGCAGGCCAUGAGAACUGGGUCUACGGAGUCCACUGGCAGCCUCCUUUCUACAAAGGUGGCGAGCUGCAACAACCACUGAGUCUGCUCUCUGCAUCCAUGGACAAAACUAUGAUCCUGUGGACUCCUGAGGAGGGUUCUGGAGUCUGGGUGGAGCAGGUGCGUGUAGGGGAGGUUGGUGGCAACACUCUGGGCUUCUACGGCUGCCAGAUGAGUCCAGACGGCUCCAUGAUCAUGGCUCACGCUUUCCAUGGAGCGCUGCAUCUCUGGCGCAAAGACCAGGAAGAGGAAGGAGAGUGGAGGCCUGGGGUUGUGAUCUCAGGUCACUUUAAUGCUGUCCAGGACCUGAGCUGGGAUCCUGAGGGUGAGUUUAUUAUAAGUGUGGGCUCAGACCAGACCGCCAGGCUCUUUACUCCAUGGAGGAAACAGGAUGCAAAACAGACAACCUGGCAUGAAAUCUCCCGGCCUCAGAUUCACGGAUACGACAUGCAGUGUCUGGCAAUGGUGGGCAGGUUUCAGUUUGUGUCUGGAGCAGAUGAGAAGGUGCUGCGGGUGUUUCAGGCACCUCGUAAUUUUGUGGAGAACUUUGCAAACAUCUCUGGGACCUCCAGGGAGAUGCUGCUGACGUCUAGUGACUCUGCCAACCUUCCAGAAGGAGCCAGCACACCUGCCUUGGGGCUGUCCAACAAGGCUGUAUUUCAAGGUGAUCUUGUCCCGAAAACCAAAGAAGAGGAGCAGUUCAACAGCGUUUCUGAUCAGUACCAGGAGUCUUACUUUCACCCACUCAUCAUGAACGAGCCCCCACCAGAGGAUCAUCUCCUCCAGAACACACUCUGGCCUGAGGUCCAGAAACUGUAUGGCCACGGCUUUGAGAUGUUCUGCCUCGCUUCGGACAGCAGGAGGACGGUGGUGGCGUCUGCAUGCAAGGCAUCUAAAGCAGAGCAUGCAGGGAUUCUGUUGUGGAAUACAGCAUCAUGGCGUCAGCUGCAGACGCUGUCAUGCCACACCCUCACCGUCACACAGAUGGCCUUCUCCCCUGACUCACAGCUCCUUUUGGCCGUUUCCCGCGACCGCACGUGGUCUCUGUGGAGGCGAGACAUUCCAACUCCAGAAAGUCCAGAGCCGCAGUUCUCACUGCACACACACACAGGGAAGGAAACAGCCAUACACACGCGCAUCAUCUGGUCAUGUGACUGGAGCCCAGACAGCAAAUACUUUGUGACAUCUAGUCGGGACAAGAAGGUGAUCGUGUGGGGUCCGUGCAGAUUAGAGGUCUCUGGAGACAUGGCACUUUCUCCUGAGAUUAAACCGAGUUCUUCUGUCUUAGAUGUUGGAGAUUCGGCGACAGCUGUGGCUUUUUGUCCUGCGCUCUCCUCUGAAAACAGUUACCUGCUUGCAGUGGGCCUGGAGUGCGGCAGGAUCUUGUUGUACAGGUGGAGCCCCGGUCAGGAGCCUGCUGGAGGACACGACUGGAGCAGAUGUGGAGAAACAGACCUAUCACAAAGCCACUCUCUGGCAGUAAAGAGGCUCCGCUGGAGGCCCCGCGCUGGUCGAGCAGGUCGAGAGAAUAACAGGAAGGACGGACGGACCGAGGGAGAGAGUGAGACCAAAGAGGAGAGCUCCUGGCUCCAGCUUGCCAGCGCCAGCGCAGACCACUCUGUCAAAAUCUUCAACAUCAACCGAGGGGCUCUUUAGCACCACCAACACUGACACUAUGAUGUCUGUGUGACACAGACAGACACUCGGACUGAGGGCCACAGGCCGCUCUGUGCCACCGAGGCCACAGCUGCUCGCUGGCAAGCCAUCCCCUGUGUGUGACAGGCAGUUAAGUCACGGGUCAGUCUCAGGACAGACCCACAGCACUGUGCCCUGCAGUCUGUGUGAGCACAGCUGAACCGAUGUGAAGGGUGGAGGAAAGAUACUGAAAACAUCACCACCCCGGGGAGGAGCUCUUCUUCGACACUUCAGAGUGUUUUAGAUUCAGAGAAGACAGCACUGCUGGACAUCUGCACACAUCACACAUUCAGCCUGAAUAUCCAAGUAAACAUCACAGUGACGGAUGCUUUUUAGUAACUAAACUGGUAUAAAAACUCUCAUGCUUUUUUUCUAUUUAGGAAUGUCAAUUUACAUUUGUAUAAUAUGGAUUUCUUUUAUCAAAAAUGUAUUAAAUUCUUUUGUAUAUCCAAAACUCGCUGUCACUGAUUACUCAGAAGAUUCAUUACGAUAUAAGUAAGCUUUUAGCAUAUUUUAAAUAUAGUUUAUUUGUUUCUGUAUAAAAAUUAUUCUUCAGAAUACACCAGUCAAUCUUACAGGACUUGAAAGCUGUAUUUUUUACUUUGUCUUAAUUUUACUGUGCAUGAUCCACUAUUUCUAAAUGUAACUGAUGAUGGAUAGGAACCUGUAUUAAUGUACUGCAGCAACC